GUGCGGACCGCUGUUCCGUGAGGGUGUGGAGUGCGUGCUCCUGCCACACAUUGCACCACGCGCUGACCGAGUGGCGUGGCGUUGCUCUCUCCUGACGCUACCACUACAACCACGUGUCACCUUCACCAUUACACCUUCAUGUGGGACUGUCACCAUAUCGCAGGAACAAAUGAACAGUGAAUUGAUGAAAGAUGUAAUAACACGAAUAAACUAACGAACGAUACAAAAAAAAAGGAACACGGUGCUCUCCCCAACCCCCUUUAAAAAAAAAAGUGACCGAAGUAGAACGAAACUAAAAGCAAAAGUCUUCAUUUAUUUCGAUCGCGACAAGAACAGAACGUGUAGAAGGAAUAUAGAAAGAUAUAACAGAGGGGAAAAAGCACACACAAAAAGGAAGAGUGAGUUACAUAAAGGAAAAUAAAAAGAAAUCUCCGUCACACACACACACACACACACACACACACACACACACACACACACACACACACACACACAAUAAGACGAUCGGAGAACACAUUAACAAAAGAAAAAAAAGUGAAGAUUAUGUGAAAGAAAGCAAGAAAAUACAAUAAGAAAAAGAGAGAAAAAUAACGAUACAUAAACACAGGAAAGCCUCGUAAAAAAAAAAAAAAGAAAGAAAGAAAGAAAAAAGAGACAAAAAAAGCAAGGAUAAGAAGAAGCCACGCCCGCGUCUGUUAGGAGCGUGCUGAGCUCAGAUCACCACCACCACCACCACCAUCAACACCGCCGCCGCCGCCGUCACCCACACAUUCAACAGGAUCACCACCACCACCACCACCACCACUGCUUCCACCAGCGAAUGUAAACAAAGCAGACCAAACCCCAUUAAGAAGUUCCACAAGGUGACCUGAGCGAGCUAGGUCAAGCAAGGUCACAGGCAGCACCAGUCAGCAGCAUUACUAAGUGGUGAAAAUAGAUAAAUAAAGACUACAUACCAGUUAAUAGAAGAAGAAUAGUAAGACAGAUAAUAAAAAAGCUUAGAAGGACGAAGCUCUGAAAAAAAAGAAAGAAAUGUUAUAAAAAGGAAGAAUAAGGCAAGAAAAAACUUAGAAGCGUAGAAACUGGUUGUUACUUUUGUAUUAUUAUUUUCUGUCUCUCUCUCAUACACACACACACACACACACACACACACACACUUUUUUCUGACCUAAAGUGCGUAAGCCAACUAUUCAAGUGAGAGUGAAGAGGAAAGAGAGAAAAAAAAUCAAAUGUGAACAACUAACUGAGUGAAGGAGAACUAGUCAGCUCUCACUACACACGCACACACGGACAUUAUAAUCAUAGACCACUGAAUUCACAUAGACACAAGAUGAAGUAAAGAUAAAAACUGAGGCGGCAAGGGACAUAAAACCUCAGACAAAAGAACAUGAGGAGAAGGAGGAGGACAUGAUGCCAAAACACAGAGAUUCAACUUCGUGAGACAAAAACAAUGAAACUUUUUAGUCAACGAAGAAAGUAAGAAAGGAGGACAAGCAGGAGGGGGAAGAGGAGGAGAAGGAGGUGGAGGAGGAGGGAAGAGAAAGAGAAGGAGGAAGGAGAGAAAGAGGAAGAGGAAAGAAGAGAGGAGGAGGAGAAGGAGGAGGAGGAGGAGAAGUAGUGACCUGUAAACAACUUGAAGCCACACAAAGAAGAGAAAAUAAAGACGAUGGGAAAUAAAAAAAAAACAGAAAGUGAAAGGAAAAGAAAAUGACGAAAAAAGAAAAGGAAAGGAGGUGAACACAAGACAACACGCAGGAAAAACACAGAUAAAAAGAAAAGAGGUAAAAAGACAACAAAAAUAUCAACACGAGCAUUAACGGCGGCCAUGACAAUGAGAACAAGAAACAAAAGGCGAUCGUCAUGCGCAUACAGUCCCCACUCCAGCACCACAGGAAGCCCCCAAACCCCGCCCCUACUUGCCACCGCCCUACACGUGACUCCAGAACACCAAGAAGGGACGUCUACCCCCUGAGAGAGAGAGAGAGAGAGAGAGAGAGAGAGAGAGAGAGAGAGAAAUUGCACUGGAGUUAAGAAUUUAAGAUAUAAGACUUUGCUGUUUCUUCCAAAUUGCUCGAAGGCUUGAGAAAUAAAAGAUAAAGGAAAGAUAGAUGAAAAAAAAUUGAAAGGGGAAAAAUGUUAUAUAUUAUGAAUCACCAUGACGACCUGAAGGAACAGAAACAUUCCUAAGGCAGUGAAGGAAAAAAAAGGGAACACACACACACACACACACACACACACACACACACACACACACACACACACACACACACACACACACACACACGAGACUAAAAUGGAAAGAAAACAAACCAAUACUUUUUAAAGAACAUUGCGAUGGAAGGAAAGGUUUAAAAGAAAAAAAAAUAAGAUCAAAACUGUUGUAUAAAUGAAAAAUGACGAGUGACUAGACAAUACCAAGCAAGGAAGUGAAGGAACAUGAAACAAUUGGUAGUGGAAAGUGAAAUAAAAGAAAGUGAAUAGUGGAAAAUAAAUCUAUGUAAAAAAUGUACCACUAGGAGAAAUGCUUGUGAAAAAUAAAUAAAUGUAAAAAAAAAUGAUUGUACACAUCGUUCUUGUAUGUGACGUAGUGGAAAUAAAAUAAAAAAGAACAAAAAUCAAUAAUAAUGAUAAUAAUAAUAAUAAUAAUAAUAAUAAUAAUAAUACAAGUGGAAAAGAAAUUGUGUUUAUAGAAUCUGUGUCAGAAAAUACGAAAAAUAUAGAAAAGAAAGGAAAAAAUUAGUGUUCUGUUCGUGUAAGUGUGUCUAAUAUAAUAUGUGUUGAACCUUCGAACACACUCCUGAACCCUUAAAAGAAGCUCCGAAGCCUCGCCAGCCAUGACCAACAUUACAGAGCAACAGGAGGAGACUGACAUUAGCCUGGCGCAGAAGGUCCUUAUUGGUAUCGUUCUCUCGUUCGUCAUCUUCCUCUCCAUCUUCGGCAACGUGCUGGUGUGUCUCGCCGUGUACACAGACAGGAACCUUCGCAAGAUCGGCAACCUGUUCGUAGUGUCCCUGGCCAUCGCUGAUCUGUUCGUGGCCUGCGUGGUGAUGACCUUCGCCCUCGUCAACGACCUGCUGGGAUACUGGCCGUUUGGGAGCGAAUACUGUGACAUCUGGAUCGCCUUUGACGUGAUGUGCUCCACUGCUUCCAUCGUGAACCUGUGCGCCAUCAGCCUGGACCGGUACAUCCACAUCAAGGACCCGUUGCGGUAUGGACGGUGGAUGACGAAAAGGAUUGUAACCCUUAGCAUCGCCGGGAUAUGGGUUCUAAGCGCCCUUGUGUCCUUCUUGCCCAUCAGUCUCAAACUCCACAAGCCACACGCAGCAAGGGAUAAGGUGCAGCAGCAAGAGCAGGGCGGGGCGGGCGGAGACGCGGGCCAGCUGCAAUGUGCUCUAGAGCUGAGCAAGAUUUACGCUGUGGUGUCGUCUUGCAUCAGCUUCUUUCUCCCCUGUUGCGUCAUGCUCGCCAUCUACUCCCGCCUCUACCUUUACGCCAAGAGACAUGUGGAGUCCAUCAAGGCCCUCGUGCGUCCGGUCACCCUGGGGUCGCUGGAGGGGGACACGAGCCGCCGGAAGGUAGCAGCGCCCUGUCACGUGUCGGAAUCCAAGGCGGCGACCACUGUUGGGAUUAUCGUAGGAACAUUUCUGACUUGUUGGGUUCCUUUCUUCUGCGUCAACAUUGCUGCCGCCUUCUGCCAUGAGUGUAUCCCGGAGGUGGUGUUCAAGACACUCACCUGGUUCGGGUACACGAAUUCCUCCUUCAACCCCAUCAUCUACUCCAUCUUCAACCAAGAGUUCCGCGACGCCUUCAAGAGAAUUCUCACGUCCCGCUGCCGCCCCUGCCCCGAGUACUGCUGCUGCUGCUGCUGCCUAAAUGACCCUGCAGACGUCCCUUACUCCUCGUCCAGGCCGCCUUGCUCCUGCUCCCCCUGCUGCGGCGCCUCCUCGUCACCUUCCUCGUCGUUCUGCUGCUGUGCCCUGCUUAAGCCUCGCAGCAGCCGGCCAGGCCCGAGCGGCGUGGUAGUGGCCGGCAAGGGCCAGGCAGUGUCUCGCCACGUGGAGGUCACGAGACACAACCAUCAGAACGGCUCCUCCACCGCCCUCACUGAGUACACCGUCCUGGAGACCGCAACGCCAAAGUUCUCCCACGACCGCUCCAGGGCCUCGUCAGGGGAGCGCUGCCUCAUCCUGGAGCAGAUCUCAGCCAUCUGAACGCCUCCGCGAGGAAGACAACAUGGUGACUCAUGUUCCUCCUCCUCUGGGCGCUGACGCCGUGGGCCCCGGGCCGCGCGUACUGGCGUGUCUCCUUGUCUCGUGAUGGCGGAGGGAAAUCGAGCUUGGGAAGAGCUGUGUGUGUAUGUGUGUGUGUGUGUGUGUGUGUGUGUGUGUGUGUGUGUGUGUGUGUGCAGCGAGGCUCGUGGUACAUGUGUCCCACGCCCCGGUGCUUUCAAUGACCAGCAGCGUCCCUGUGUCCCUCAGUCACCUCGUGCAGCUGCCACGCCCGCGAGGUGCACGCCGCCCCUUGUGCAACACCGGGACGUGGCAAAGCAUCACCUAAUGUGAGAAAUGUAAUUACCUGUUAAUUCCAUGAGUGUGCUGCGCUGUGCCGUCGACAGGUGAGAGUCAUGUGCCGCUCUCCUCGCCCUCACGCUCCGCGGGGCUCAUGACGGUGCACGCUGAAAAAAUGUUGCAGGAAGCACGGCAAUGCGAGGACGAGGACGAGGACAAAGGGAAAAAGAUUAAGUUACAUACGAUUUCAUCACUUAUGACGUGAUGGACAGAAGUAAUUGAUUCCAAGGCGCUUCAAAAACUGGGUGGUAAUAUGGUGAUGGAGAACGAGCCACUCUGCUCCUCUGUCUCCUCCUCCCCCGACCCACUCCACCUUCCAACCCCGCCAUGGUGGAGGUGUUGAGUGCUGAGUGGUGCGCUCCAGACCAGCGGCGGCCAAGUAACAGGUGUGAGUUGGCGGACAAAACAGGUGUGCGGACCGAGGUUAAAGAGGCCAGUAUUCUUCUCAGGUGUGCGUUGGAGGCUGAAAUGGUCAUGGCUGUUGUUCCAUGUGUGUCACGUGUGUGUGUUUAUGUGUGUGUGUGUGUGUGUGUGUGUGUGUGUGUGUGUGUGUGUGUGUGUGUUGUGUGUGAGUGUUCGUACGUCCGCGACCUUAGAUAAGAUUUUACUGAUCUUUCACACACAAACACAAACACGCGCGCGCACCUUCGUUCAAGUGCGACACUAAUAAACACCUGCUCAAGUUCCAUUUCACCUGAUGACUCUCAGACCAGCUUAAUUGAAUCACCUGCCGAGAGCCCGUCGGUGCUGCUUCACCUGAAUCACCUGCCAAUGAAAAAACAGCAAAGAAAACACAAAACUGUUCUUUCAAAGCUCGUCCCAUCAUCUGAUCAUUUCAUACAAUUUUUUCAUUGAUCUCAGAAAGCGUUCUGAAAAAUCACGUGAUAUAUUUUCUUUCUCAAAUUCACGAAACCCUUCAGAAGCGCAGCCCAAUAACACGUAAGCUGAUUGGCUGUCAUCUGAUUGGUGGAACACGAUCAGCCCACCUUCUCGUUUGUGAUGAUGGUGAACGCAAGAUGGUGAGGGUGAUGAUGAUGAUAGUGACUCCUCAUGAUGGUGACAGUGAAGUGAACCUUUAAGAAAGAAAGACUGGAACAGAAAACAACACUAGUGACUUCGUUUCAAGGAUAAAGACAAUAAGGUGCUCGGAAGAGACAAAGAGAAAUAAAAGAUCAAUUGAAGGAGAAGGUUUCAUGUUAACGGGAAUUUUUGAAAGAGAAGACUUACGAGAAGAUGUUUUCGAGAGAAGCAGUGUGUUGUGUGUAGAAGAAACAAAGGUACAUAGUAAGGUGUUUGAGAAAAAGGUGGUACUUAUAGAGAAAGAGACAAAGGUAAAUCAGUACAAGGAAGUGUUUUCACGUGAGAGAUAAAGAACACACAGCAUCACACUACAGGAGAAGAAACGGAUCACGAAAACAAAUAACGAAGUAAAUAGAAGAUUAAGGAAUUAAGUAAAACAAAGAUGAAAAAGGCAAAGUGAAGUGUACUAAAAAUGAAUAAACGAAGUAAAAAAUAUGAAGUGUUAAGAAAUAUCGUUCAUAAAGCAACACACUUAAAAAAAAAAGAUAAAAUUGAGUGAAUAUAAAUGAGAGAACAGAAUGAGAAAAAGAGAAAAAAAAAGCAGCUGUAACAAGAAAUCAGCACAUCAAACACACAUCCUUUAUUCAUUCCAUUAUGUAGUCGAGUAUAAACACCUGGAAAUGUGACCCCGUUGGUAAUGAUCAAUCUUGGCCAGUGUGUUGUGUUGUGCUCUGUUGUGGUGUGCUGUGUGUCGGUUGUGUUCGUGUGUUGGCGGCACGAAACUAGUCAAUGAUGGUGUUGGUUAUGUUGCUGAUGGUGAUGGCAAUAGUAAUGGUGAUGAUGAUGAUGAAGAUGAUGUUGGGUGAUGACUAUGAUGGUGCUUCUGUAAUUUUCGUGGUGUGUGUGUGUGUGUGUGUGUGUGUGUGUGUGUGUGUGUGUGUGUGUGUGUGUGUGUGUGUGUGUGAGGCAAACAAUCCCCAUGCUAGUCAAGAUGAAUGUAAACAGUAAAAAGGACAUUUCCCAAAGACAAAAAGAAACACAGAAAAUCAAACACUGCGUUAUGGUUGCGUGUUGGCGACGACAUACGCACAAACACACCCCAAAAA